GCAAGAUUUGUAUUUUGGCGGAGAUGGCCAGCAGCAAGACGGCCGAGCUCGUGCGGCCGCGCGCCGGCUGGGACAAGGACAACAGCAAGAAGACCGACCGCGCUGGAGUCGGAAGCUCGGCCAUGUCCAACUCGCUCAGCGCCAGCCUUUUCCGCCAGCACGCGGCCAACGCAGCCAAGCCAGCGGCCAAGCCAGGGCUCUCGAGCAUCUCAGAGACGCACAAGCUCACCACUGCGCCAGCGUCAGCGGGCAACAACAUGCACCAAGGCUGGAAGCUCACAGACUUUGACAUUGGCAAGCCGCUCGGACGAGGCAAGUUUGGCACCGUGUACCUUGCUCGCGAGCGCAAGUCGGAACACAUCGUGGCACUCAAGGUCCUGCAAAAAGCACAGCUCGUCAAGAACAACGUCGAGCACCAGCUGCGGCGAGAGAUCGAGAUCCAAUCGCACCUCCGCCACAAGAACAUCUUGCGCCUGUAUGGUUUCUUCCACGACGAGAAGCGCAUCUACUUGAUCAUCGAGUAUGCUGCACGCGGCGAGCUCUACAAGGAGCUCACGGAGCGUGGCACGUUCUCCGAGGCUGUCGCUGCACGCUACGUGCGGGAAAUCGCGCUCACCUUGGCUUUCAUGCACAGCAAGCAUGUGAUUCAUCGCGACAUCAAGCCUGAAAACAUCCUCAUCGGCUACAACGGCGAGCUCAAGCUGGCAGACUUUGGCUGGUCCGUCCACGCGCCCACAUCACGCCGCAACACAAUGUGCGGUACCCUCGACUACUUGGCGCCCGAGAUGUGCGAGCACAAGCCACACAACGAAAUGGUGGAUGUCUGGACCUUGGGCAUCCUCAUGUACGAGUUCCUCGUGGGCACACCGCCAUUCGAAGCCGAAGGACACACCGAGACGUACAACCGCAUUCUAAGCAUCGACUUGCGCUUCCCCGCGCACUUGUCGACGCUGGCGUGCGACCUCGUGCGCAAGAUCCUUCGCAAGGAACCCGGCGACCGGCUAGCGCUCGACAAGGUGGUUGAACACCCGUGGAUAGUUCGCUAUUGCGGACCACCGUAG